CUAAGGGUUGUUUUUUCAAACAAAAUCGAUGGAGGAUACCUAAAAAUGACGACGAAACUUAUCAUUAUGGAUGAUUUGCGAUACAACGCAUUUCUGAAGGUUUAUUUGCGAGUAUUAGAGAAAGCUCAAAUUCCUUUAAAAAACGCGGCAAGGAAAAUUCAUCUGAUGGCUGGUUUACGAGUGUAUACAAAGUCGACUCGAUCCUGCAAAUUGCAAUACCAAACCUGCGAUAAGUUUAUUAAAUUGAAGGCCGUAGAUCUGCCAAAUGAUCUUUGCAUGAAACGGAAGAACCCCGACGACAUCGUCCCUGCACCAGUCAAAGCUCUGUACGCUCAACAAAAGACCAGGGUCUUCAGUUUGCUCUCAGAAAUGUAUCAGCAAGAAACCUGGAAACUCCGGUAUUUUGAUGACCUUACUUGUAAGUCAGUGUCGACAUUCAUCACUAAGUAUGUAUUAGAACAAUUAGAGGAUAAAAGCUAUACACAUGGACUUUAUGAUCGCGUGAGAACAUGGAUAUUCGAAUUCAAAUCUGUUAAAUUGUAUCCGUGUGUAGCAAACAUCACUUUAUCCCGUUCAUCGUCUUUCGAAUGAGUAAAAAAAAUAAAGCUCGUCGUAAACUUCGUUUAGAUGUUUGCCUGCCCGAGCCGGAAGACCACGCCGAGAAAGAAACUGACAACGUAACCAUCGCCGAGAAUGACGGUGACAAUGAGAUGGAGAACACGGGAAGCAAUCUUGAAACCUUAUCGAUCUCAUUACGUAGAAUGCAGAAAAACACUAAGAAGAAAGAAACUUCGAACACAAAAUCAAAGAAUACAGGAAAAAAUCAGAAAAAAACAAAGAAGGAAAAAAUAAAAAAGACUAAGACUAAGAAGAUCGACUCUAUAGGUCAGAAAACCGUUGAUGAUACGCAUCACUGCAGAAUACGGCAAGCUUAUGUCUACCUCAGAAGAAUCGACGACGAUUCAAUUGACAACGAGUUGGAUGACCACACUUCUCAAGAAUUCAUUGUUUCAAGAACGUUUGGCCGUGUCGAAGACCAUGGUGCAAUCCGAAACAAAUGACCAAGACAUGCAGGAUAAACCAGAUCAUCAAGAUGUAGCGCCACAAGGUAAUUCUGGUCAUGUUGAGGCCGUGGUGCAAUGCGAAAAAAAUGACCAAGAUAUGCAGGAUAAACCAGAUCAUCAAGAUGUAGCGCCGCAAGGUGAUUCUGGUGAAGUGGCCGUGGUGCAAUCCGGAACAAAUGCCCAAGACAUGCAGGAUAAAUCAAAUCAUCAAUAUAUAGCGCCACAAGGUGAUUCUGGUCAUGUUGAGGCCGUGAUGCAAUCCGGAACAAAUGAUCAAGACAUGCAGGAUAAACCAGAUCAUCAAAUAGUUAAGAAAGUACAGUGCAAUUUAACAUAAUCAAGA